AAACCCUUUGGGCCUUCAAAGAAACCUUAAGAGGGUAAAAUGAAUCCCAUCUCUUCCUUCGCGCCUCUCUCUCUCUUCGUUGUCUCUCUUAGGAAGAAGAAGCAGAAGAAAAGAAGAGAACCAUGGUGACCGAGUACGGCAUCAAGUUCACUGUAAACCUCAUAAACAAUCACUUUGGCAACCUUGUCGCUAAAGUGUGCGAGAAUCUUCUUCGAAGAGGACCCCUAACCCUCCAACUGAUAGUUCGGUACACGGAGCUCACCCCUCAACAGGUCAAGAACUCCCUCCUCAUCUUGAUCCAACAUAAUUGCGUUCAAGCUUUCUCUUACGAACAAGACGGUGGGUUGGAAGAUGGGCCAAAAUCAAAUACCCAGUACAUGGCAUUGUUUAAUAACAUACUCCAUCGCAUGAGGUUUUCCAAAUUUUUGGAGAUCAUGUCUCGUGAAUUUGAUGAUAAAUGCAAAGAGCUUCUCGAGGGUUUGCUUCAACACGGAAGGCUUACAUUGAAGCAAAUGGUUGAAAGAGCCAAAGAUUUGGCUGAAAGAGCAAAAUCGAGGAAAAAAGAAGGAAUUUGUGAAAAUCUUGUACAAGAAAGCCUUGUUAAACUUUUUACUGCUCGUUAUGUUGAACGCUGCCCGGCAUCUGAACCAGUUCUUGCUGCACGAAAUAAAGAAGAUACUCCUGCCAAGAAGCGAGGACCUAAGUCUGCUAGGACAGCUGAAGAAUCACAGACCUUAGAACAACGUGUUCUAGCAGCAGCAGCUCCUAUGGAAGCACAAAGAUUUUCAGCUAUAACAAAUAAUGAAUCUGCUGUUGGCAGAGAAACAAGUAUGGAUGAUUCCCCUGGCAUGAGAGUUGGAGCAAAGCGCAAAUAUGAUGCUUCGGAAUUACAUAUUGAACCUGCAGCUGAAGAGGAAGUAAUUCUUUGGCGUGCCAAUUUUGAGGAAUUUAUACGUUGUCUUAGGCAUAAGGCUUGCAUUGAGAAUGUGAGAGAACGCCUGGAUGAUGGAGCUGCAACUGUCUUGAGAGCAAUGCUGGAGGCAACAAGAAGUUUAGAGAACAAAGUGAAAACAGAGAAAUCUGUUCCCUUGUCACUGAAUAAUAUAUUUGAAGAGGUAAUGAAGAGUGAAGAAGGGCGUGGUAUGACCUUAGACCUUGUCAGAGCUUCCCUUGUCCAGUUGGGUUGUUCACCCUCUGCAAGAGGAACAGAUGAGUCAUAUAAAAUUGAUUUGAAGAAAAUAAUCGAAUUAGCACAGAAUGAUGAGGUGGAAUCAAUUGUGUUGAAAAGAUACGGAAGAGAUGCAUAUAGAAUGUUCCGAUUACUAUCAAAAAAUGGUCGCCUAGUAGAGACCGAUAAGAUUGCAAAUACCACAUUUGUUGAAAAGAAGGAUGCUCCCAAGAUUCUUUAUAAGCUGUGGAAGGAUGAGUACUUGCAUAUGGAGAAAUUAGUUGUAGCAGGAGCUAGACAAUCACAAUUCUUAUUGUGGAAAGUAAACAAGCCCUGUCUAUGGAAACAUGUACUAGAUGAAAUGUUCCAUGCUGCUUUAAAUUUAAGUCAACGGGUGGCUUAUGAGCGAGAAAAGGAAAAAGAGUUUCUAAACCUCCCAGUAGACAAACAAGUUAUGUCACAAGAGGAAAGACUUAAUCGGCUAAAAAGUGUGAGGAUUGUCCUGGAAUCAUCACUUCUGAAGCUCGACGAUGCUCUCAUGCUUUUCCAUGACUUUGAAGAAUCAUCACUGCUGAAGCUUGAUGAUGCUAUCAUGCUUUCCCAUGAUUUAUGAAUAAUGGGUAGGUAUUCGUAUUUCACGGGACAAUUGGUUGGUUCUUCCUCAUAUUAUGAGCAUGGGGAUGCUGUGUGGAUAAUGGAUUGGUUCUCCCUCAUCAUAUAAUGAAAAACGGGGAUGCUGCUUCAAUAUUGGGUUGGUUCCCACUCAUCACUUAAGUCAUUCUCUCAUCUCCUUUAAUUGCAGAUAAGGCAAGAAUUUCAUAGGAUCAUAUUGUAAGUAUUUAUAGGAUUGACAGAGAUCAUAAAUAGGAACAUUUGAAAUCAAAAAAAUAAAUAGGAACACUUGAAAUCUUACUGUCUA